AUUGAUAAUUUAUUCUUACACUUACACACCAACAUAUCAAAUAUUACAGCCAUUGCUUAUCUGUGCAGUAUUUGACGAUUUAUCGCUCGAAGAACAAAGAAGAUAUCCCAGCGGAGACUUUACUCAUCAACUUCUCUUCGUAGGGGAUAUAUAUAUUUCUCUUUUUCAUCGACCCGGCUUCUCCCCCUUAAUAACUCGCGGCUAUUUUUGUUCCGCGUACAUCGCAGCAACAUGGAGUACAACGACACCCUACUCAUACCGGGUCAACGCAUACGUCCGCCCGUGACCGAGGAGAUGGCGGUCGCCCUAUUGGAACAACUCUACGGCAUGAGGGCGACGAGCGUGUGUGAAUUAAAUGCUUAUGAUGAUCGUAACUAUCACGUGCUGUGCGACGAGACCCAUGCGAAUCCGCACGUUACCAGCACGGAGAAGGCCGGCUAUGUUCUCAAGGUGAUCAACUCUUUGGAUUCCCGGAAGACAGAUGUGCUAGAGGCGCAGACCGAGUUAAUGAUUUUUCUCAAUCAACGUAACAUUUGCUGUUCGUUACCAAUCAAGAACGUUAACGGUGCCUACUUUUCCCUGGAAAAUCUAAGAAGCGACAACACUAUGGAGAAAUAUGCCGUAAGAUUAAUGAUCUACCGUCCCGGUGAAUCUCUAUAUAAUGUGAAGAUGACUGAUAAACUGUUGCACAAGGUUGGAAAUUUUACCGCCAAGAUAGAUGAGAUCCUCGUGGGUUUCAAUCAUCCCGCCUAUGAUAAUCACAAAACAUUAUGGAUGUUCACUUCAGUGCCUCGAAUUCAACAAUUCACAUAUGCAAUCAAGAGCUCACUGGAUAAGCAACUGGUGCAUGACGUGAUCGUCACCUUCCAGAAAGAAGUACUACCGAUCAUGGACCGACUGGAGCAAGGGAUCAUACACGGUGACCUGAACGAACAUAACAUUAUCAUGAGUUCCGAUGGCGAGGAUAUUGCCGCCGUGAUCGAUUUCGGAGAUUGUCACAGAGCUUGUCGCAUUUUCGAAUUGGCUAUAGUUCUCUGUUACAUGAUCUUGCAAUCGGCCAACGUAGGAAUGGGCAGACACGUCAUAGAGGGUUACGAGAAGGUAAGAAAGUUGACCGAUGUGGAGAAGAAAAUUCUCAAGAUCAGCGUAUGCGCCAGGAUGUGUCAGAGUUUGAUAAUGGGCGCUUACUCGUAUUUGCACGAUCCCGAAAAUCAAUAUUUGCUAAGCACGCAGAAAACUGGAUGGACGUUGUUGAAGAGAUUGUGGCCCAUGAGCCAAAAGGACGUGAUGCAAGCCUGGGGAUUGACCAUUCCCUAAACACAAGCAAUAUUGACCUUUUUGAUAAAUUUUAUGCAAUGGCAUAUAAUAGAGAUUGUAACGAUUGGCUACGCGCUGCAUUUUUGUAUAAAUGUUUUAAUUCAUUUAAUUCUAGACUUUUAGACAACAUUUUUAUGACAAAUGAUUGAAAAUUAUUUGAGAAAAAUAAAGUUAUAAUUAUUAGUAAAUUAGAUCAAAUCAGUAAUGCUAACUUUCGAAUAAUAUGUUUAACAUAACGUUUAACAUAUCUUUAGUUCUCAUUAAAUAAUUUUUUAACACAACGUGAUUGUUUAACCAACGUGAUAAAUAUCAUAAUUAAUAUUUUUAAGAAUGUUAAAUUGUAAUCUUUUUCCAAUUCUGUUUUAUGAAUAAUCUGCCUCUCUCUCUCUCUCUCUCUCAAAAAUAUUUUGUGUUUCAAUUCGUGCAGUUUUGUAUUUAUUUAAUAUCUUAUUUCUUAACUGUGUGAUAAAUGACAAAGAACGAUAAAUUUAUAUAAGAGCUGCUUUCCAGCUUUUUAAAAUAUAUAUUUUAUUUAUUUCCAGGCGUAAAAACUGAUUUUGAACAAUAUAUAUGUGACUCGUUAUUUACAAAAGAAAAAAAAAAGAAAACAAACAAGAGCGAUAAAUUUUUCGAGCAGAUUUCUAUAGCCCGAAAUACAUAAGAUAUGAGUCUUAAAAACAUUGGCAAGAAGACCUUUUACAUAAUAAACAUUUAUUAUUUUAUUAAUUCCUUUAACAAUGCUUGAGCGAUAGCUAUUUUAUAGAAUUGUCGCAUAUUUUUCCACUAUUAAUGAUCUACAUAUUGUAUUUAUGCAGAAUACGUCAAUCGUUCGACUUUUCUCGGUAUUCUUAACAUUACAUGCUUACUUGCAGAAAAUAUUUAUUCUCGGUAAUUUAAUUUUAUUAAACUCGGUAAUUAAAUUUUAUUAUACUCACUUUAAUGAGGCUCGGAGUUACGGUCGCGCGGAGUUUUUACUUGACGAAACUGUCACACAUUUACACUACCACGCGAUAUACUGUAUUUACGCAUAUUACGACAUUCGACCGAUACUUUUCUUAGCAUUCCCGAUACUAUACGCUUAUUUGAAGACACGAUAUUUAUUCUUAAUAACUUAAAAUUAUAAAGGAUGUGAUAUGAGACAAAUGAUAUAUUAAUUGUUAAUAUCAUAGUAUUUUAACGCGCCCGUAACAUAAUUAUGACCAUCACAGUAUUAAUCACAACUCAAUUGAUACUUUCCUUCGUUUUUUCAAUACUCGCAAUGUUCGAUCGCGAUUCGAUUUGCAUUACACGGAAUUCAAUGUUAUAACGAUCGCCAUCACACCAUUAACGCGCGCGUGGAGAUAUCUGAACAUUGCUGAACAUCGCGGCUUCCAAUUCUGUUAGAGCCAUAGACUUAUAUACAUAAGAUAGACUGCGCACUGCCAUUGCAAGUAUAAAGACAACAUUAGCAAGAAAAUAAUAUAAAAUCAAAAGAGUUUUUGUUCGAUUUUCUUCUUAUUUUUCCUUGAACAGGAAAAUGUUUAAUUCUUUAUUGUUCUUUCUUAACUAUAUAAAUGCUAUUUUUUUCUUCAAUGGAAGUGCGCAGUCUAUCUACGCAAAUCUACGUAUACGUCAUAACAGUCAUAUUUAAUUUAAAUAUAAACUUGGAAUUUCGGAAUCGGACUAGUUCUAACGGAAUCGGAAAAAGAGGUUGGUAUAACUGUCUUCGCGAUUGCCUACGAAGUGUGUCACUGAUUUGUAUUGCGCGCGAUCGUUUGUAGUGUCGGGAUGCUUGUGUAAUGCAGAUUUAAUUGCGAUCGGGCAUCGUAAAUAUCGAGAAAAACGGAAUCAAUUGAUCGCUGUGAUUAAUACUGUGACCGUUAUAGUCAAUUAUGGUAUGUUAUUAUCGUCAUAAAGAUCAUUUGUUGCAUCUCGGUCGCAUCCGAGUCACGGUUUCAAAUUACUGCAAAUAAAUCGUUUGCAAGUAACUGCGUAGUAUUGGAAAUGCCGAAAAAAGUAUCGGGAGUGCCGAAAAAAUUAUCGGGCGUUUGUACUGUGCGUAAAUAUAGUUUAUCGGGUCGGUGUGUGAAUAUACGACAGUUACAAGUUUUCAAGUAAACUUCGCGCGAUCCUAUUUUCAAUCAUUAUAUUGAACAUAUUCCGGAAAUAAAUAUUGUCUGUACGUAAAUAUGCAA